CAUACAUCUUCAUUACCACUUCUCUUUAACAACAAAUCCAACCUCCAAAAACCCAGAAAAACACAACUAAAAUCAAAACUUUGCCCUACUAAAUAAAGCUUAUAGUAUAGAGCAAAUAUUUUGGGCACUUGCAUUUCUACACAUACCCUUCUCUAAAAGAGGAAAGUUACCUUUCUCUCUCCUCAAUCUUUCUCUAGUGAGAGAAAAAGUCACUGUCUUUUCCUGCAACAUAGAGUACUCAUCUACUCUAUUACUGGAAAAAUAUAUACUUUCUCUCUCUUACCCGCCAAUUAUUAUUGUGUUUUUUUUCUAGGGUUCAUCUUGCAAUUAAUCUUUUAAAUUUCCACUUCUGGGUUUUGUCAAAAUUUAAACUUUGGGUUGCUUACAAAUUCAAGGAAUCAUAUUGGGCAUUUUUUAUUUUCUGGGUGUUUUCAUUGUUUUCUUUGAUUUGCUUAAAACCCUAAAAUUAAAGAAUUCCCCUUUACAAAAAAGAAAAAAAAAGUUACAUUGACAGAGGAAUCUUGUGGAAUCAGCCGUCAAAUAUCAUCAUACACAUUUAUUAUCCCCUUUUUCUGGGUUUGUUACCUUUACUUGUUUGAGGCUUUGUUUUAUGGCUUGGUGUAGUCAUUGGACGGCUGACAAUCGUGUCUUGAGGUGACUUCUUGAGAAUCUCGAUGUUGCCUAAUGGUUAGUGGCACCAUGGACUGUAGAAGGACGGUGGGUCGACUAAAGGGUACAUUGUGCCAGAGGUUUCUCUUAUUUACUAUUUGGUUCUCCACUUUCGAAGAUGUGGUGUAUUUGAAAGUGCUAGCUGAACAAUAUCAUCUUCCUUCUUAUCAUCAACUUUCUAAGUCACCGGAUACAGGGCUGUUUGAACCUAUCCAGAUCUCGCCUUCUGUUAUUCCACAUUAUCCAGUCCCGAAUGAUUCUGCUCCUCCACUGUAUCCUAGAUUUCCAAUGAUAUACAAGCCAUUAUUAACUGGGAAAUGUCCUGUAAACUUCUCUGCCAUAUCAGAUGUCAUUGAGAGAACUGCUCUAGACUGUUCUCAACCUUUGGCCUCUUUUGUUGGAAAUGUUAUAUGUUGUCCACAAUUUGCUAGCCUGCUUCAUAUUUUCCGGGGAUACCACAGCACAAUUUCUGAUAGAUUAGUUUUUCAAGAUGCCGUUGCCGAUGAUUGUUUUUCAGAUAUCAUUAGCAUUCUUGCCAGCAAAGGGGCAAAUAGUUCAAUACCACAACUCUGUUCUGUCAAACCAUCAAAUAUUACUGGGGGAUCCUGUCCUGUGAAAGAUGUAGGUUCAUUUGAAAAAGUUGUGAACACGAGUCUGUUGUUAGAUUCCUGUAGUACUGUUGACCUUCUAAAGGAGUGCUGCAGACCUGUUUGUCAGUCUGCAAUCGCAGAUGCUGCUCUUCAGCUUUCAGGACAACUAACAGCUGGUGAUGGCAAAGAUAUAGGUGGGGCUAUAAAUAUCGACACACUGAAUGAUUGUAAAGGGGUUGUCUUUUCAUGGCUUUCAAGGAAGCUGCCAGCAGAUGCUGCAAAUACUGCAUUCAGGAUAUUAUCUAGCUGUAAAGUCAACAAAGUUUGUCCGCUGGAGUUCAGACAUCCAUCAGAGCUAGUUAAGCAAUGCCGUAACACAGCUGCUCCAAGUCCCUCUUGCUGUAGCUCAUUAAAUAGCUAUAUUGGUGGCAUUCAGAAGCAAAUGUUGAUCACAAAUAAGCAAGCAAUAAUUUGUUCAACCAUAUUUGCAUCAAUGUUACAGAAAGCUGGUGUUAUGACAGAUCUUUAUGAACUUUGUGAUGUGGAUUUAAAAGAUUUUUCUCUCCAAGUGACAGCAUAUGGACAGCAAGGUUGUCUACUUCGAAGUCAGCCAGCAGAUGUGGUGUUUGACAAUGCAACAGGUUAUAGUUUCACCUGUGACUUAAAUGACAAUAUUGGAGCUCCCUGGCCUUCAUCAUCUUCUAUGUCAUCCUUUUCCUUGUGCGCUCCAGAAAUGUCAUUACCUGCGCUACCAACGUCAAAGAAUUCAGGAAAUCAUGGGUAUCUUCGCGGUGGAUGGGAACUCAUUAUACCCAUUUUUCGAGUUUUUGUAGUCAGUGCAAUUUUGUACUGAGUAUAUUUUGUCACGGAAGGAAGGGAAGGAGUGUAGACUGAGUUGGGUGUGGUUGAGAGGCAUCUGUGAAAUGUAGUUUGUGGGUAGGAUUUCAUGUAUAUUGUUAGAGAAUACUUCUUCAUGUAUAGUAGUAGCUGUUGUUUUCUUCUU